GAAACCCGUGGUUUCUAAAAAUUCUAGAUGCAAUCCGAAAAUUUCAUAAUAAUCCGGUGUAAACACCACAAUGUUGAAAAUUUUCUUUUGUGGAUAUAACGGGUUUGACACGUUACAACGAGUCAACAAACUAUCCCAACCCCACCAUGAUGAUCCGAAAUUAGGCAGUUUAUCUGUAGAUUUAGAAGAGGGUGGAGAAAAUGCAGAUAUCACGAGUAAUAAAAGGAUGCACGUUUUAAAACCCGAGGAAAUUCUGGUUCAGCAUGAAGAAGGGGGUAUUUGGACAUGCAGUGCUACUUUGAAAGAAGUAACUUUAGUCAAAUCAAGCGGUAAGGAUGAAUCAUUCAAUGACGUUUUUCUAUCCUCUCUGAAAGUUGAAGACGGGAUAGGAAAAUUUGUUAGCAUGUGCACAGUGAGAGACAAAAUUGUGACAAUUUUUGAUGACAGAGUUUACCUGAAUAAUGAUGAAUUCUUGGUGGGUGAGAGGAUCUACACAAUGAACUCCUCAGUUUCACACAUCGGUGGAACAGACAGCACUUUAGUUCUUGUUGAAGGAAAAAAAUUGACACUGAUCAAAAUUGCCCUCGCCCUCUCCCCAGCCAUAGAAUUGCCUUUGGACGUGGCUGUGACGGUUGUGAGUUGUGGGAAGGAACAUACCCUGCUGAUGACGAGUCAGGGGGCGGUGUACAGCUUGGGUGGAGGGAGCCGGGGUCAGCUUGGUUUGUGUGACAUGGAGAACAGAGAUCAACCCUGUUUGGUGGAAGAACUCACUGGAGUUAGGAUAACACGUAUAGCAGCAGGAGGCUGGCACAGCACGGCGGUGUCUGACCUGGGUGAUCUGUAUGUGUGGGGCUGGAAUGAGAGCGGUCAGCUUGGCCUGCCCUGUAGAACUGUCUCCACCCAGCGUCCUCCACCAGAAAAAGAGCAGAAUUACCAGAGGGCAUCACCAGAAGCAGACAAUAAAUCUGGAGCUUGGUUCACGCCAGUUUACUUGGAUAAAACAGAGAGUGACCUGUGCCAGGUUUACAUACAGAGAGUGGGACCAGUCCAGCUCCAGCCACAGCCCACUGUCCUUGACCUUGGGGAUGAUAUCUGUGUGGUGAAGGUCGCUUGUGGGUCGAGACAUUCUGCUGUCGUGACUGCUGAUGGUCAGUUGUUGACCAGUGGUUGGAAUGACUAUGGUCAGCUUUGUCAUGAUGACAUGUGGUCCAGGGACUACUUUCAAACUGUGGACUAUUUUCUGCAGCACAACCUUACGGUGAAUAGUGUGUUCUGUGGUCCUUGGAGUUCCCUAGUUCUGACUGGUAAAUUCCAGAAAGUGCUAACACAAGAUAGUCAUCAGAAAGCUGUUUCCGCACAUUUUCGCCGAGAGAACGAUGGCAAGUUAGAAUGUGGUGUUGGUGAGGACAUUAUCGUUAAACGGACUUAGGAAGAGGACUGGAUUUGAGAUUGUGGUUUUCGUUUGUGUGAUGCCUGAAAAACCCACGUGGGAUAGGCGCCCGUGGACGCUCCCGCACGUCCGGAUACAACAGAGGGUACACGUGCCAAAAAUCGACACCUACUUCCGAGAGAUAUCGGAGUGCCAGAAACAGUACUCGAAGCUCCGAUUGACCCCGGAAGUACCCAGCCACACUUCUGCUCUCCCUUUUCUUUUUCCAAGGUCCUACACUACAUCCAAAAUCGAACUCAAACCCACCUAUGCCAGGUCCUCGCCAGCAGCCUACACCAGGUCCUCCCCAACUGUUUUGUCUCGUCAGAACACGAAACUCUCUUGGCAUCUGAAGGCAUCAGACGGCAAACCAAAUGAUUCUCUGGACUCAGACAAUGCUCAACUGUCAGAAAAGAACGUGGAAUCCGUAGCUGACGAGGACUCAAAUGACAUGAACCCUAUGAAACUCUCAGAACAUUUGCGUGAUUCGGGAUACGGUGAUCCGAUAAUGUUAACGUGGUCAGCCAAAGAGCAUCUAUCGAAAUUUAAUCUUCCUAAAGGACGCAGAGCUCGAAAACUUCCUAGUAACCCAUCACAAAGAGAGAAAAUAAAGGGAAAGGCUCGUUUAGACUAUGAAAUGGCUAAUAUGAGAGCUGUUGCUUUUUGUGAAAGACAAGCCCCCAAAAUGUUUAGGACAGCAUCUGCGCACAUGCGUAAUAGGGAUGUCCAAUUCGUGGAGGAGGAAGAGAAAGAAAAUAUUCAGCGUGAAGUAGAACUGGACUCUGACGACACAGACAGUGUGAUAGUGAUGAAAAUAGACCGCGAGGACCUGCUGCAGCGAAUCAAUACAUGGAUGGACGAUGUUACGAAGUCUCUAGCCAGCUAAGGAAGUGACGUAGAGGAAAUGAGCCGUGCCGCUAUUCUAGUCAUUAUCGAGACAUAAUUUGUAAAGUGACAGUAAUUGGAAUCUACAAAGGCGCUGUUAAUUGAAAGGGGGUUGUUUUUCCUCUUCACACCACAAUAAAAUUGUAUUAAUUUUCAA